AUGGCUGAACGUGUGCGGGUAUCGCUGCCGGCGGGCGCGCACCAGGCCCAUGCCCUGCCAUUGAGCGGGCUCCAAGCUGCAGUGCUACACUGGACAGCUGUCGUGCUGGACGAGCGCACUGUGGAACUUGAAGUCUGCGCCCAGCUUCACUCCGAGGAGGGCGCCCAGCGGAUUCAGCUGUCGCGCGCGGCCUGUGGUGGAACCUUUGUCGGCCGAUUUGUGCCAUGCGAAGAUCGUCGCCUGCGGGCCGCAAAAGCGUCCAAGUUGGCUGUGGAUUCCGUAGUGUUCUCCUUCAGCAACGCAAGCUGGUUUGCACACAAGGAGGUGGAACUCAUCACAUUGUGGGAAGAGCUGCCAGGCGCCUAUGUUUCACCGAAUUUCCGGGCGAAGACAGUGGAGGAGUCAGCAGAGUACCCGCGUGAGCAAUCAACGCCUCCCCUGUAUCUGGACGAGUUGGACAAUGACUGCAACCAAGAGUACGAUUGGCGCUACGAUGCGGCUGACGAGGAAUCUGGUGACACCGUCGAUGCGUCGCCCACCCCAUCUACAGAGGAGGACGAAGAAACGGCACGGAGAGCUCGUGCCCUCGCAAAGGCGCAGCGAUACGGCUAUGCGGUGUGA